CGAUUAUGAUAAUGACUAUGAUAAUGAUUACGAUAAUUAUUAUAGUGAAGAUAAUAAUUACUAUUAUGACUACGAUAGUGAUUACGAUAAUUAUUAUAGUGAAGAUAAUAGUUUUGAUGAUAAGG